AUGAAGAUCUUUAGGCAGAUAUUAUUCUCAACACUGUUAACAUUCACCACUGCUACGAAUUUUGGAAUGCUGGGACAAAAUCCACAAAACUCUGAUGAUAGCACAUCGGCAAGUGCUAGCACUAAGGAGAAAUCAUCGACCAGUAUCGAUCCAACUACGACCGAGCACACCUCCUCCGUUGAAAAGUCAAUCAGCCCAGAAACCACCCCAGAAACCACCCCAGAUUCAACUACGAUGGAAAAGACUAUUACUUAUGCAGACGAUCCACUCACAACGAUAGUAACCACCGAUGAAAUGGGCAGAACAACGACGAAGCCAGUAUGGUGGCUCCCCAGCACGACUGCAAUCUCAUCAGAAAGUGCUUCUGCGUCCGAAUCUGAAUCUGGAUCCAGCAAGAUUGUAACUACAGUUCCGAAAACUAUUGAAUCAACUGUCAGUGGCAAACUCACCACAAUUACAACACAACAAGUUUUAACCACAUUGGCCAGUCAUCAAUCUGUCAGUACUUCUUCAAAUUCGACAGUUUCCAUUCAUUCCAACGCUGGUAAGAAUCUAGUUGUCAACUGCGGGCUGGCAGGUUCGUUAGCGAUGGCAAUCGUUCAUCUUCUAUAG